GGGUUUAUUUCAAAUCUGGGAUGCGGUUCUUACCCGAAAGCGGAUUCAACUCAGAGUAACUAGGAACUGUUCAGGGUUUUGUCUUUGAGCGUGUGUAAUGGCUCUGAUAUUAUCUGUUUGACUUUCCUGUAUCUAGGUUUGGCCGAAGGAUUUGACCCACGUGCGCCUGCUACAAUUCUUUUCGCCUCGCCUGCCCUCUGCUGCGAGAUCGUGAUAAGUAUGAGUUUGUUAAACGUGAAUAGUUUCUAGGGCAGAAAUGUAACUCGUGAAUUAGAAUGCCAGCAAAACGUUUUCCCAUGUUUUACGUCUGCUACUUAGCCCGGCUGCCUCACAGCAGGAAAUCAACCGUGUUUACUCCACUCCUAGACCAUCCGAAGCUUAGCACGUUGACACGUUAACUACCGCGCUAUCACGAAGCAACGGUAGCAGUACGCUGUAAAGUGGCGCUUUCAAACGUUCCCGCCGCACAAUACAGGUCCACCUCUCCUUCGUUCAUUCUUUUGCCCUCAGCACUUGGCCAACGGCAGUGACCCUCCAGUCUCUCAUUGAGCGUUUUGCCUCUCUCCCCCUCCUUCCUCCAUGCGCUCCGUUGUCGGCAGUGGGAGACAAAAUCACGCUCUAUGGCUUGCAGGUCUAAUACUGAUUGCUGCUGAUGUCUGACUCAUCCAUACAUGUUAAGUUUGUUCAUGAACAGGAUCCACAACAAUAGCAGCUUUGUCCCUGCCGACAAAUUUAUUACUAAACUACCACUACUAUUGCGAUUCUAGCAGGAGCAUCACCGCUGGAUCAGAACAGACGCGGCGUUGCCUCCGCAGAGAGAGUGCGUGUCUGCCCGCUACUGCUGCUCGCGUUGGCUGUCCAUGACCGUGGCCAAGCCCCGUAAACCGUUCGGACUACGCAUGUGUAAUUGUGGGUUCCAUAGAGAUAACACAACGACGAGUCAAGCUGUUAGGAAGAAGACGGAAAAUAGCUCCAGCGACUGGUAUUGGCUUCUGCGACAUUCGUUCAGCAUUAAACGAAUUGCCGUUCCAACACCUGCUGUUAAUCGAAUGACGUCGGCUAUACGGACGACAGCAACUUCGGCGUAGAAGCAAUCCGUGUCGUUGCGCGAAAUGGUUAUGUUUUUCGAGAGGAUCCCAUUGCUCGCAUGACAAGGUUCGCCUUAACGUUCGCCGUCUCAACGAUGACGACGAUUAGUACCAGCCCGGCUUCCGUGUCGGCUCCUAACUCCGUCUCUUUCACAGACUCCGAACAUUCAUUCUAAAAGAAGCGCAUCUGUGAAGAAGGCCACUACCCACUGUAUUGCUACUAUUCGAAGGACUAGUGUUUUUCAUAUUUGUCACACUAUCGGAACCCCGUUUGAUGUCAUUCACGGAAACCGUGCAUCCGCCACCACGAGUUUCAAUGAUUCCUACGAAGGUUAACUUGCUAUUGGUGUUUCUGACUGUGUUCGAUUAGAGGGGAAAAUAGACAUAUCUGUCUAUUACUUGGCCGCACUGGUUGUGGCAUCAAUAAGAUCGACAACGGCUCGAGGAAUAUUUACGGUAGAAUCAAUCAAAUUCGUUAUAAAAGCCGCAGUAAUGUCAUCCGCGGGCAUCCUCGCCUUCCACAACUGUGACGGUAUCAAAGUGAAGGCGAAGGUGUCAGCGGCUAGUCUGCAUUGUCGGCCUCCACGGCUGUCUUCAGGUGCGGGCGCGGGUCCCCCGUCUGCCGAGUGGAGACGUUUUUCUGUUGAUCCGCAGAUUACAACCUUUGAGGCUUUACAAAAUUUACUCGCUGAAGCAUUUGACAUCAAAGGGGAAUUCACAAUCCAUUAUUUGGCUAAAGAUGACGAGGGCAAAGAGACGUACCUGGGCUUGCUAUCCGAUUGGGAUCUUGACGCGGCGUUUCUUAGUUCAUCUCACCCGUGCCUGUCCCUACUCGUGGACCUAAAGCCCUUCGAGGAAGGCUUAGAAGAAUGGGACAUUAUUGCACCCGCUGAUAUCUCAAAGCCCCCGCUGACCGCCAGUCACGUUCGGAACAACGCACAGCUCACCGGCAACUUCCUUAUGCAACAAAUGGAGAAAACAUUGAAAACAUUCAGCAAAUUUCAAAAGGUGCUAGCGUUAGCCCCUGAUGCCGUCCUCAAUGGCGUCUCAGACCGUUACAAGCCAUCAAAGCCCCCAAUGAACAUGCGCGAAUUGCAAAAUUUCCUGGAUAGUGACGACAGAUUAGUACAUCCACAAGAGCUACGGAAAUCCAUCUUCCGGGGAGGGGUGGAACCGGGGCUCAGAAAGGUGGUAUGGCAGCACAUACUGAACGUGUAUCCCGACAACCUGACGGGCGAUCAACGAAUCCAAUAUAUGAAACAUAAGGCGAAUGAAUACUACACGUUAAGGAGCACAUGGGUGGACAUGCAGAAGAGAGGCGUCGUUAAUGAGGAAAUGCAGUACGUCAUCAAUCUGGUCUCAAAGGAUGUUUUACGUACCGACAGAACGCACCGCUUUUAUGCUGGUGGCGACGAUAACAAAAACGUUGCCAAACUUUUCCGAAUCCUUACGACAUUCGCGCUCAACCACCCGUCAGUGUCGUACUGCCAAGGCAUGUCCGACCUCGCGUCCCCGUUGCUAGUUACGAUGAAUAACGAGGCUCAUGCCUAUAUCUGCUUUACAGCCCUCAUGCAGCGUCUGAAACCAAACUUCAACAUCAACGGGCUGGCUAUUACUGAGAAGUUUGCACACUUAUCUUUACUGCUGCAGCACUACGACCCGGAGUUCUUCGACUAUCUUAAAAGCAAUGGAGCUGACGAUUUACUGUACUGCUAUCGGUGGCUGUUAUUAGAGCUUAAACGCGAAUUCUCGUUUGACGAUGCCUUGUGCAUGCUCGAAGUGCUGUGGAGUUCUCUACCACCGAUGCCGCCUGAUGGUGAACUGGCUCUGUUUGAAAUUAAUUUCGGACAAGACACGAAGAGUCCCCAAAGUCCGCGGGUGCAUAGCCGGGAGAAUCCUUACACGAAAGUACGGCAGAUCCGCAAACAGAGUUCAUCUUCCUCACUUCUAUGUGGCACGCCAAAGGUCCAGAACGGAGUGAUUGUUGAGAAUGGUAGCCGAAGAAGCAGUAUUACUGAGGCGACGGACGACUCUCAAGACUACAAUCCCAUUUCGGAUCCGAUCACGAAUGAGCUGCGUAUGGAUUUACAAAACCUUAGCAAAAGCGUACUGCUUGGGCCAACAGGAUCCACGAUCAACAAACAAGCAACAGACUCACAGCAUUUCACAUUUGAUAACAUUGUUGAAGAACGUACCACUUUGAUAGAGAACGAAGGUUUAUGGAAGAUGCGAAAGCAAACUCACGCCUAUUGUGGCACUCCGGAUGAACAAUGUGACCUCGAUUUCUAUAGUGUAGACGGCGAUAUUCUUGGAAAUGGAUCAACUCAACGCACUCUCAGCUGUCAAAAUUCACUUGACCGUCGGAGGAGCGGGUCCUCAACCUCAGCAUCGACCUCGGCAUCUUCACAUUCUGAUCCACUUCUGCACGAGGAAAAAGGCGAGGACUCCGAUUACGAAGAUGACACUAUCGUGUACAGACCAAAGAAGCCCUUUGCAUCAUCUGAAGGUUAUUGUUCCGAAGCAACACUUUCAUCGAAAGAGGUAUCUUGUCAAGAAGAUACACGCUCCGUGCUCGAUUUAGGAGUGCUAGAGUUUUCCCAAAAAUCUUCGAGACCUCUGCCACCCCCCAGUCAGCUGGGGGGCGGCAAUCCAUUCAUGAUGUUCCUGUGUCUCACGCUACUGCUUCAGCAACGUGACACAAUCAUCAGGAGCGGUAUGGACUAUAAUGAGUUAGCCAUGCAUUUUGACAAAAUGAUCCGCAAGCAUAACGUGCACAAGGUGCUUCAUGAAACGCGCAUUCGGUUUGAAGAGUAUAUCCGAAUGAAUUGGGAUAAUUCAAUCGAAGAACACGUAUAGCGGAACCUUCGAAUUUGUUUGAUAUGGCAUGACUCCAUCAAACUAAAAGCUGUAUGUGCCUACGGCACUUCAAAAAAAGAUGCGAUUGAUAAUUUCUUACCCCUUCAUAACGUAUUACUUAGGGCUGAGAGUUACGGCGUGAUAUUCCUGUGAGAAAGUUUGUCUGACCAAAAAACUUAUAAAAUCUAAUGUAAAGGAGCCAUAAUGAACGAACAUAUCCUGGCUCCACUUGUUUUAUUCUGAUAGAGGAAACCUCUCUUGUACCCGUGACUUGCCGUGGCGCAACACGUUACAUAAGCGUUGACGUUAAUACUGUCAACGAGUAUUUAUGGCUGAAACGUACACCGUUAAUUCAGGCCUAUUGAAGCCAGUGGGAUAUACGAAUGGGCAGAACAAAUCAAGCGGUAAAAAAAAACUGCAAUAAAGCUGUUACUCAUUAUUAUCGUUCAUACAUAUUCAGUACUGCGUGCUUUGUGGCAACACAGGUAUCAAAACGGAUGUAACUAGUGAAAUCAGUCCACCUGAACGAAGUAUCUCCGGCUGUAUGCUUUAUUCUAUUCCUUGAGAAAAGAUUACGGCUGAAGAGAGUGAUAUUACGGACGAAGUCGUGAUUAACUCAAUAAUGUUGUUGAGUUAUCUAACUGUGCUAACUUCGCUAAUAAACAGAUUCGAUGCGAUAGAAAAAAAAUGAAAUGCUAUUAAUAGAAACAAUGCAAAAGAGGACAAAACUAACUCUAUACGUAAGUGCGCUAAUAAUAAUAAGAAUAUAAUAAAUAGGUAACGAACAUACUGAGGAAAUCUCUUUACAAAUAAUGACGUUUUUGUUGUGGAGGAAGGUGUCUAUAUGAUAACUACUACUGCUAUGAGCGUACUUACAAUUCUGUUAAUCGAUUUCGAUUGCUUAAUAUACUCGCUGAAUCUACAGUAGAUAAUUAUUAAAAGACGCACGGACUUAAGCUAAAUAAGGUUUGCUAAGGAGGCAUUAGCAACUUCGUUUUCCUAAACUUGUUCAUAGGAAAUAAAGAAGAAGGUUAUCAAAAGCAACACUACUAUGAAAAGAACAGUUUGCAGUUAGCAAUCCUGCUGUCAUAAUAGGUGGUUAUCAGUAAUAAUUCUUAAUAUCAUUGAUCUUCUCAGAAAAUGAUCGUGUGAUCUACCAAUAUCCUGCAGUCGAUUGGCGAAACACAUUCGAUUGUAUAUGGGAGUGUUUGAGUUGAUGGGUGUAUGCUUGUGUGUGUGUGUAUAUAUAGCUGUUUGUGUACGAGUUUAAAAAAAAACGAAUUGAAUUUAUAAAUCGUUAUUAAUCAACUAAUUUAAGUGGCUCUUCUAGUGGACAAAGCAGAUGAUAUAGCAAUUAAUGAAAAAUAAAACAUAGGAUUUCGCUUAAAGCAAUUAGUAAUCUUCGAAUCUGGCUGGGGUUCUAAAAUCUAAAAAAAAAUUGUGAAAUUAAACAUAAUCAAGAAACAUUGUGUGGGUUUCAUCUGUAUUAGAGAAUGAUCCUAUAAUAUGAGAAAGUUUAAGCGAAAGCUCAGUAUGGCAAAGCAAAAGUCGUGGAAAAUAAACUCGUCUAAAGAUCUGUCGUUUACAGAUACGUUUUACCAAUUAAAAGUGACAGAAGUAAAAUUUGAUUAUUUUUAAAUUUGAAACUAGAAGCAAGAAGGUUAUUCCUUCAGUUGUACAUAUACAGUACUUGUACAUAAAGUAACUAAUCAUGAGAGAAAUAGAAAUACAUUUCAUGCAAUUACCUAAUAAACUCUUCAAGCACAAAAAAAUUAAAAUACAAAUUGCGUGUUAUUAUUAUUAAACAUGCGUAGUUCGUCUUGAACUCAUUUAGAGAUGACAUAUAAUAAGGCACGGUUUUGUUCACUGCAAUGAAUUUGGCCACUAAAGCUAAAACAACUAGGCUUUCCCUCCAUUGUGUUGCACUCGAUGUGACUAUCAAGGCGGGCAGGUCUCAUGAGAAUGUGAACUAAGUUGCGAAAAAUAAUUAGGAUUGAAAAUCAUUUGAGAUAGAUUCAAAUGAUUUUGGCAUCUUUUAGAGCUUUCGAUCACUUAUAUAAAUGGAAACUCAUAAUUUUAAAGAAGGUACGCUUUCAAUCAAUGCCGAAAUACGCGGUAAGUAAAUUAACAGUUAUGAUUAACUGUAAAAAUAUAUUUAGAUCGCAAUUAUUUGCAUGCGCCUCUAUUAUCCAAUGAUGGCGUUACAACACUUGUCAUCCAUGAUUGGAUAAACGGGACAUUAGUACUGGCCUAAUAUAUAAUUCAACCUUGCAUACGUUUACUUCGUCUGAUACCGCUUGUAUUUUAACGGUCACAGUUGCUGUUGAGACUUUCAAGUAAUUAUAUCGUGUUUAGCAACAUAUAUAACAAUUCAAUCCUGAGCACAGGUUCCGCGAAUAUGAGCGCAACUUGUUACCUAUGUAACGCCUACCUACUUAACUCAAUCCUCAGUAGCUAAGUAGUUAGAUAGCUGUAUUGAAAGAAUUGCAAGAACUUUACGACACACAAAGUUGUUGGCAAUUAUUAAAUCGGGCCGAACAACGAUAUGGGCGAAAAAGACUCUAUACUUAUAAAAGCAAGCCGAUUCAAUCUGAUACAACAGGCAGCAUGAGAAUACCACCGACGCACUUACAGAUCUUAUGUAGGUUGGCUGUUACAUAUAUUUUAUUUCCCAUAGUUUGUUCCAUGUUGUGAUGGUACCCAACAUAAAAAUAUUACUUUGCUCGAGGAACCCGUAGUACACUAAGAUAAACCGUGCAAAUACAUUAACAAUAGCAAAGAACCCUGUCCUAGUCACCAUCAUUUGGGAUCAUGGCGCAACCUCGAAUAAUCUGUUCGGUGGCGCCACCAUUGUAGAAAAACAUAAGUAUUUUCAUAAACAUGCUAUUUGCACAUAACGCGGCGCAAAAAUACGCCGCGUUUUUUGCCCUACCAGUUCAUCUAUAGGUAUGUAGAAUGUGUAAUUUUUACGGCUCUCUAUACGAGUUCGUAAUAGGGUUAGGCUUCGAUUCGCAAUUAAGGCUUACGACCUUGAGGCUUAGUCGAAGAUCUAAUCCUUUAUCAAUUUAAUAAGGGGCCUUGAGAAAGAACUGCCUAGAGUUCUGGGCCACUUUGUGAUGUUAGCCUCAUAAUGCAUAAGUUGUUGACAGCGAUCUUAACCGUGAGCAAAGAGAACCGGCUCGCACUAACCAAACAACACUUGCAUGAUCGUGGCCGACAAUCGUAACCAUAACAACAAAAGGCGGUAAAUUGCGGCGGUCGUAACUAUUGCAAAAAACAACCCGUCUCGCACAUGUUUUCGUCGAUAAUGAGCAUAGGCAUCGUGGGUUCAUAUCUCGUUCAUAAAUGGAUCAGACAACCUGCAGCCGAUGAAAAGAAACAUGGUAUAUCGAGGCUGCCACAUAACAAAAACAUGCUCUCCGCAAAUUCUAACGGGACUUAGUUGAGCCCAGUUAUUUCUUAGGCUAUUUCAGUCAUCGUAACAUAUUUGCGGAGUAAAAACUGAGGCACAUCACAGUGCUCGUUAUUUCAUUUACAACUAUUUAGUCAUGCUUUAUCGAUCGUUGAUCGACGAAUCAACUGCAAGCAGUUCUUGCUCCCCUUAAAGCUUUCCCCAUUAACCGUGUUUUAUAUAAAAUAGUACAGCGUCACGACUUAUCUCCCAAUCAGUUCGGGCAGCAGUUCUCUUCGGCUAAAAAAUCCAAUACGGAAUACAAGGUAUUCCACAUUAGAUCUUCAUAAACAAUUUACCUACCGUUGGCCCUUGUUAGGCUGUGUACUCAGUUCACCCGUUUUGUUUCCUCGAAAUAUAUGCCCGCUCUAGAUAAUUCUUAUCCUAUUACCAGCUGACCAUGGAUUUCAUCAACUGAGAAGUUCGUAUUAUUAUUUUCAUAUAAAUGUUUAUAGUGAUUGGCUUGAUUUUAGCAUCGUCAGUAAUUUAUAAACUUCUAAAGCUAUUAUACGCAGAAUAAAGAGCUGAAAUAAAAUUGGAACAGCAUAACUGUGUUAUAUAAAGUAGUAUCUAAACGAGAGUACUACAAGUCUGUAAAAUGUACUUCUCC